AAUACUUGGGAAAAACAUUCAUUCUUGCUGCUCCAUAUUAUCCGUACAAUCGCUGAUUCUGAGGCUCCAGCAAAGCCCAUAGUCACAUGAAGAGUGUUGACGAGACAUCCCGUCUUGGAAUUGGUGCCAUUGUUUCCUUCCAAUGCAAGUUUCUUCAUCCCCAUCGUCAUCGUGACUUGCACUUUCCGAACCUUCUUCCUGGACAACGUUUGACUGAUGCACGUGUAGUUCGUCGAGCAUUGAAGAAGAUUAAUAAUGAGCCAACACUUUGCGUAGUUGUCAACCACAAACUUUUCAAAGAUAAAGAGGGUGUCGAAGAUGAGAUUUGGUGUGCUGAAGCUCAUGUCAAGGUUGAAAAAGAAGGAGACCCCGACUUGAUUUUUGAGGCGCCCCGUCUCGGAAUCGGUGCCAUUGUUUCCUUCCAAUGCAAGUUCCUUCAUCCCCACCGCMACCGUGACAUGCAGUUUCCAAACCUUCUUCCUGGACAACGUUUGACUGAUGCACGUGUAGUUCGUCGAGCAUUGAAGAAGAUAAAUAAUGAGCCUACCCUUUGUGUAGUGCUAAGCCACAAGUUAUUUAAAGAUGAGAUAUGGUGUGCCGAAGCUCAUAUCACGGUGGAAAAAGAAGGUGAUCCCGACUUGAUUUUUGAGUACGACGAUUCAGAACAGGCACCCAAGGRGAGGGGAAAUGCUGAAAAAAGUUCUGCAGCUAAAACGACGGAUCCCGAAGACGAUGACGGAAAAGGYGRUGCUGCAGCUGAGAAGACAGACCGUGAUUCUGAAGAUAGUGAUGCCAAUCAAGAUGGUGAAGAGGAGCAAGAGGAAAAUCCGAUGGCAACAAUCAGAGAAACAUUUUCUUUCGCAACAACACAACGAGCGAAGUUCAACCUUGCAGUUGGUCUUUUUGCUUCUGUCUGUAGUGGUUUUAUCCAACCAGGUGUGUCUUACUGAGUAAAUUGAAGUCGAUCCCAUCUGGUUCCUCGCCUUUCUUCUAAUAACUUUUUUCAUUCUCAAUAUCAUGCCGAUAGCAAUUGCAAUUGCAUUCGCACUCGUUUUUGAAAACUUUGCAGAUGGUGCGAACACGGAUGGUAUCAGGAGGCUUGUGCUAAUUUUUGUUGGCAUCGGUGUUUUUGCUUCUGCUUCAAUGAUAGUGCAGUCGUCAUUUCUUGAGACUGCUGCGGCAGAAAUGACUGAUACCAUGAAGACCAAAUGGUUCAAUGCUCUCUUACGACAAGAUAUGACCUAUUACGAUGUAUUGGAUACUAGUGGAACAGCUACCAUUAUAACCAAUAAUGGUAGGAAAUUCAAGAGGUUAGUGGAAGGRUGAUGCAAGUAGUAAUAGAUUGGCUGGCGAAUUUGCGAACAAUAUCUCACAGCUGACUUUUUCAUUCAACAGAGGUUUGGGACGAAAGUUGGGAGAUGGUAUCCAGUUUACGAUAACUGCAAUUGG